CAUCGUGGUCUAUAGCAAGUCCAUAGGGUCAGCAUGGCACGCGGACAGGGACAUAUAUCUGGCCACAAGUGAGUACCUGCUAGAUAGCAUGUGUCUCGGUCUGGCGGGCAGAGUGGCCGAACAACAGGUGUUCAACCAGGUGUCGUCUCAUGGAGCAGAAGAUCUGCAGAAAGUGACUAAGAUAGCAAAGGACAGGGUGGAGAAAUAUGGUAUGAACGAAAACAUUGGCUUCAUAUCCUUCCAACAAGACUACAUUGAGCGACCUUACAGCAAACAAUUGGCCAGAGAAAUGGAUCGAGAGAUGAAAGCGGAAAUAAGCACAUGCUACAAAAGAGUGGAAAGUAUCAUCAGCGAAAACAGAGACAAGUUAGACUUAGUGGCCGAAGAGUUGCUCAAGAAAGAAUCUCUAACUUACAAAGACAUUGAACAACUAAUUGGACCUCCUAAGUUUGAAAAGGACUUGCCGGAACAAACGACUGUUUUUUCAGAGAAAUUUGUAAAGGCUAAUGCAGCAUGAUUUUUUUAUUGGUAGUUUAAAU